AUGAGCAACAAAAAAAGUCAGAUCAAUAAGGUCCCUGACACGGCCCCAGAUAAAAGCAUAAAAUAUUACCCUGAUGAAGAGCUUGCUGCUCUGAUCCGCUCACUAAACCGUGAUGAGGAUCACCACAUAUUUGCACAGGAUGUGCUUCUUACGUAUCCCUAUCUAGCUGAGUCCUACACGAAGGUGUGCCCUCAACGUUGUGAUCUCGCCACAGCGGUUUCUAAGGCCCUCAAUGGUGACUACGGUUACAGCCCCAACCUGUUAGAGCUGCGAAGUGAUCUGCAGCUUAUGGUAAAUAACUGUGUGCGCUUCAACGGCAGCGAAAGCCCUUUGGCUGAAACUGCGGAGAGUUUUGAAAGUUUUUUUAAUAAAAAACUGGAAGAAUACGUCCAAAGCAAAACAUGUGGUCGACGCAUAUCAUCUCUGCGUCUUCAGCAGCAGCGGCAACAAUCACAAAAACAACUUUCCACAUUGCAAGAAACUUUGUUAUCAAAUCACCAAUCUUUUAUUAAUCGCGAUGUUGUGAUUCUUGUGAACUCCCUUGUGAGGCGCGAGGACGCAGGGGCUUUUGUUGUCGACGUUGCUGCGACUUACCCAGAGCUUCGGCAAAGCUAUAAUGCAACUUGCCCGAACCCGAUGAACCUCAGAAUAGUAAAGGAGCGUGCACAGGCUGGCUACUAUAUUCGACCUGCUGUUACCGCAACCAAUGAACACUCCCAGGAUAUCAGUAAUGCUGUGUUGGCGGGUACGUGUUGCGGUCCGACGGUUGCGGACUCGUUGGCUGCCCUGCGGGAGGAUAUUGAACUCAUCGUAAACAAUUGCAUUCGCUUCAAUGAGAAGAUUGAGAGCUGGGUGAGCUUGGCGCGGUGCUUUCAACGAUUCGCACACCGGCGGAUAGAUGACUUUGUACUGCGUCAUGAACCCGGGUUGCGCGGGACCCCAACCGGGGCUGAACGCUACUGUCCCUCUGACGAUCAUGUUGCGGGCAACAAAAAUCCUCCAAGUAAAGAUAUAGAGUCGAGCGAUGCGGUCACAGGGUCUUCGUCUUUAUCCAUUGAGGAGCACCAGGCUCAGCAUGCACUGCCAGCCAAGGAAAAUACACUGCAUAGUGGUGGCAGUCGUGGGCAACAUACUGCGGAAGGUGAUACCGAUAUGGAUCCUGUUGCAAUGGCACCAAGAGGUCUCGUUGACAAUAAAACGAAAACACUGAAGUGGGCCGAGAUUUUACCCCAGCCGUUACUGGUGAACACAUGCGAGGGUGUCAGGCCAGACAUAAAGCUAUCACCCCUGCAACCCUCGCUGCAUCUUACUGAUCGCCUUCGCAAACGCAUUGCAGUUGAUUACCUUCUUCGCGAGCGAAUUGGACUUCGACUAGUUGGGAAAAGUGUGUGGGUACCCUUUCCACGAGAUGCCCCUAACUCUUGUGAGAAGGUAAUCGAAGGAUCGAUACAGCGCAAUGGUAGUGAUGCAACGAUCACCAGUACAGGCAAAGAUGAGAGAAGAAGUGGGAGCGUUGAAAAUUUGCUUAUUGAAGAACACAUGAGCGCACAAGCGGUUCUGGAUGCCUUUGUGAAAUCUGUCAACGACUUCUACCAUAGACAACGCUCACGAUCCGAUUUCGAGAACGUUUUCCAGUACAGCGUGGAAGACGAGGCAGUCUACACACGUGUGCUAGAUAUUGUCGGUCGGGAGUUCAAUCGCCUGUUGCCAUUUGCAUUCUUGUAUGAAAUGGAAGCAGCUGAGCUGCAUGCAUGGUCUGCUGAGCGUGCUGUAGACACCAUUCUGGGCCCUCUGAGGGAGAGUAAGAGGCAGCGUGUUGAAACUUCGGGAAGUGGCGAUGAUGCAGAGCCGAGCCGCCAUGGCAACACUGCGUGUGAAGAGGAAAACAAAAGCGACAAUCCUGAGGCUGUAGAGGUAGGCUAUGGCGGCUGGAAUCCGUCGGCGCACGUGCACUACAGCUAUUUAGUACGUUUUUUAGUUCACUUCCCACAGAUGGCAUCGUUAUGUUGUGCAAAUCGUUGCGACGUAGCAAAAGGUGCUGUAACGACGACACCCACGACACUACGGAUUCAAAAAUGCUUACUAGAUGUAAUUAAGCAGGUCACCAAAGUCGUGGAAGAGCUACUCGUGUUUAUUGAUGAAUACGAACAACGACUGCAACACUCCCUUUGA